AUGUCGUCCUCAUCGGCUUUUCCCUACCUGUUAAAUGGCGAUGCAAAAAUGCCUGUAUCUAGCUCGUCACCGUCGACUUCUUCUUCGUUCUCAAUUGACACCCUGCUAUCAUCCCCAUUGAGCUUGCCCCAAUUUCCAGCUUCUGCUAAUGGCUCAGAGGGAUUUGUUAGCGGAUUUCCGUGGCAGAUGCAUCCGUCUUACCCGUUUUUUUCGAUGCUGUGCUCGCCGCUUCUGCCUCAAUUCAUGCCACCGUAUCAGCAUUUCGUGUCAAGACGCAAACGAAGACAUCGCACAAUAUUUAGCGAAGAGCAGUUGAGCAUUUUGGAGAGCACCUUCGUUUCGACGCAUUAUCCCGAUGUUGCAACAAGAGAGAAAUUGGCGAUUCAAUGUGCGCUGAAAGAAGAAAGAGUCGAGGUUUGGUUCAAGAAUCGACGAGCCAAAGAGAGGAAGCAAAAACGAGAAGACGGUGUUCGCAAGGGCGUCAGCGACAAUUCGGAGUGCGACGACAGCGAUGAAGAAGUGCGCAAAGUGAAGAAAAUCAAAAAAGAGAAAGAAUCGAGUUCGCCUGAAUCGAAACCAUCGUAG